AUGGAGGCAACUACGCCAUCACCUGAAUUACUUGACGCAAUAGGGCUCCCCAGAGCGCAGCAGCCAGAAGACCAAGCAUCAGUCUUCUCCGGAGAGAAUCCUCUUGUUUCCGAUGGUGGGGCUGAGAAAGAUGACAGUUCUUCAGAUGAAUCGCACAAUGACAGCGAUGAAAAUGGGUCCAGUCAUCAACAUGUUUCUCAGCGACGGAAGGUUCAAAAUGCGAAAUUUGAGGCCUUGCUCCAUCAGAGAGUGCAAGAAGAUACGGUCGAAGUACUCAAAUCCGCGAUUCCGAAUGUGCCAGAUGCCGAGCUCUCCACUGCUCACUUGAUAGCGAAACAAGACCUCGGAGUCGGUAUCUUAGACCCAAGAGAAUAUCAGGUGGAGCUUUUUGAAAGAGCCAAAUCUCAAAAUACCAUUGCUGUUCUUGACACUGGGUCGGGGAAGACAUUGAUAGCAGUGCUACUGCUGAAGCACAUCAUACAUGACGAGCUGGUUGACCGCGCUGCUGGAAAGCCACAUCGAAUAUCGUUCUUUCUGGUGGACAGCGUUACACUCGCAUUCCAACAGGCUGCAGUCCUGCGCAAUAACAUAGAUCAGAAUAUCGCUCAUUUCUAUGGAGCCAUGGGUGUGGAUCUAUGGAGCAAACAAACCUGGGACGAGCACUUUGGAAAGAACAUGGUGAUAAUAGAUCAGAUAAACCUGCUCAUCUUCGAUGAAGCUCACCAUACAAAGAAGGAUCAUCCCUACGCGCGGAUCAUCCGGGAAUCAUACCUCAGAGCAGAUCCUUCGCAUCGGCCCAGAAUCUUUGGAAUGACCGCUUCACCUAUUGACACCAAGGGAGAUAUCAUAGACGCCGCAAUAUCCCUCGAAACACUCCUGGACAGUAAGAUAGCUACCACAUCGAAACAAAAUCUGUUACGGCAGGUUGUCAGUCGACCAGUGGAAAAGGUUUGGGCCUACGAUCGGCUGGAAACACCAUUUGCAACCAUGUUGUAUAGCACAAUGGAAAACCGCUUCGGCGACAUGGCAGCACUAGAAGGGAUAUCCAGGUUUGCUCGCCUAGCAAGCUCUGAGCUUGGGAAAUGGUGCUCAGACCAAGCAUGGAUACAUGCAUUGGCUGAUGAUGUGCUACCGAAACUCGAGAAUACGGUCAGUAAGUUGCUACAAUCAGGUAGCUCGUCCCAGAUCCCGGAAACUGCAUACAAGGAAAUCUCGCGGAUCAAAGAAGCUAGUGAGAUUGUGAAGAAACACACAUUUGGAAACCCCAGUUUCCCGGGUGAAUUGAGUUCGAAAGUACAGCUCCUAUGUGAUGAACUGAAAGCAUGCUUCGGUAGCUCGACGGAGACGAAGUGCAUCGUGUUUACACAGAAACGUUACACCGCCAGAAUGCUGUUUGAGCUUUUCACGAAAUUGGAAAUCCCAUUUAUUCGACCUGGUGUCCUCAUAGGGGUGAGGUCUGGUGAUGUGGCAGGCAUGAAUGUGACUUUCCGACAACAAUUCCUUGCGCUGGUCAAGUUCAGGAGUGGAGAAAUAAACUGCCUGUUUGCUACUUCUGUGGCAGAGGAAGGUCUUGAUAUUCCGGAUUGCAAUUUGGUUGUUAGAUUCGACCUGUAUAACACGCUCAUUCAAUACCUGCAGUACGCAGUCAUGACCGAGAAGAUGAACAGCACACAUCAAGCACUACUGGAAGAAACUCAAGAAGCUGAAAAAAUCAUGCAAACUUUCUGUGAGACUCUCCCAGAGGACCGCAUAUUGUAUGGGAACGAGCCAGAUAUAGAGUCAAUUCUCGAGAAAGAAGAAGGAAAGCGGACAUACACCAUCAGAAAAACAGGGGCAAAGUUGACCUAUCAUUCAUCCAUUGCUGUUCUAGCUCGCUAUGCUAGCUCUUUGCAAUAUGAGAGGGACAUCAUCGCCCAGGCAACCUAUGUCGUUCUUCCUUCGAAUGGCGCCUUUGUUUGCGAGGUCAUUCUCCCGGAAAAAUCGCCAAUUCGAGGACUUACAGGCAGUCCUGAAAUGAAGAAAUCCACCGCAAAGCAGUCUGCAGCUUUUGAUGCUUGCAUAAUGCUUCGAAAACACAAACUUCUUGAUGAACAUCUCAAUUCGAUAUAUCACAAGCGCCUACCUGUAAUGAGAAACGCGAAGUUGGCCAUCACGUCCAAGCAUACAAAUCAAUAUGCCAUGCUGUCAAAACCUUCGCUUUGGAGGCAGAAAGAGGGAACCGUGCCGGAUCAGCUUUACGUUACGGUCAUUACCUUAACCCCUUCGAAGCCUCUUUCCAAAAAGCAUGCGGGCAUAGUAUUCUUGACCCGGCAGAGAAUGCCGAAGUUUCCCUCCUUCUCGAUCUUUCUAGACGACGAUAUUGAAACUACAGUCCAAUUUGCGUCCCAACAAGAAGCCCUGUCGGUGUCUCUUGAAGGUAUGGAGCUGUUGACAACUUUUACGCUGCGUGUUUUCCAAGACAUUUUCCAUAAAAUAUACGCACGAGAGCCCGAAAAGCUACCGUACUGGCUUGCUCCAGCUGACUUGGGCGAUGAGGUCAAGCCCUCGUCAUUAUUAUCUCCUAGACAAGAUGAAGAGGCCUUUGAUCCCGUGCAGUGUCCUAGGAACGUGGCUGAUACGACGGAGCGAUCUUUCCUGAAUAUAUCCCCAGGAAAGCAGAGCGAUGAUCGGAAUCCAAUUGACUGGAAAGCAUUAUCUUUCAUAGGUGAGAACGAGGAGAUCUUGCUUCCUGGCGAUUCCGAUCCGAAGCUCUUGCUCAACCGCUUCGUCUAUGAUAAAUGGGACGGGCGAUACAGAUACUUCAGCGUAGACAUUGAGGAGACAUUGUCUCCAUCAAGUCCGCCACCGACCUUCGCACCACGCCGUAGGAACAUGAAAGACAUCAUGAACUAUACACUAAGUCUUUCAAAGAACUCACGAGCCUUGUUCCUUUCCAAGUGUAAGUGGGAUCAACCAGUCGUUCGAGCAGAGCUGGUACGUCUUCGCCGGAAUCUCUUGGACAAAAUGACAGAAAAGGAGAAGAGUAUCGAAACCCGAUGCGUCAUUUGCAUUGAGCCGUUGAGGAUCUCCACGAUUUCGGCACCAACCGCCGCUUCCUGUCUGGCUUUCCCUGCAAUUUUGAGCAGAAUGGAGGCCUGCUUAGUUGCACUCGAAGCAUGCGAGAAGUUAGAACUUGUUGUAGAUCCGGGGCUUGCUUUAGAAGCAUUUACUAAGGAUUCCGACAACACGGAGGAACAUCGGGCCCAGCAAAUUCAUGCUCAAAGAGGCAUGGGGAAGAAUUACGAGCGCCUCGAAUUCCUUGGCGACUGUUUUCUUAAGAUGGCUAUCUCAAUAUCGCUAUUCGCGCAGAAUCCUGACGACGACGAGUAUGACUAUCAUGUGAAUCGCAUGUGCCUUAUUUGCAACAAGAACCUCUUCGUCUCGGCGAAGAAGCAGGAACUUUACCAGUACAUCCGGAGCCGAGGGUUCUCGAGACACACAUGGUAUCCUGAUGGCCUGAAUCUUCUGCAGGGUAAAGAUCACAGCCGAAAUGUCUCUUCCGAGGGCAAGCAUGCACUCGGAGAGAAGACAAUCGCGGAUGUUUGCGAAGCGGUUAUCGGGGCUUCAUUGCUCUCUGGUGGCUACGAGCAUCGGUUUGAUGUCGCCGUGAAAGCAGUGACCGCCUUUGUUGACAGUGCAGAUCAUAGAAAAUCAUGCUGGAAAGAUUAUGUCGCGUCAUACACUAUCCCCAGAUAUCAAGCCCAAAAGCCUGAUGGAUUCGAAAUUGAUCUCUGCCAGACAAUUGAGAAGAAGCUAGGAUAUGGCUUCAAGUACCCGCGACUCUUGAAUUCGGCCUUUACUCAUCCGUCAUACCCUUCAGCAUGGGUUAAAGUGCCUUGUUACCAGAGACUUGAAUUCUUAGGCGAUUCACUUCUUGAUAUGGUGUGCGUGGAAGACAUAUUCCACCGAUUCCCCGACAGAGACCCUCAAUGGCUCACAGAGCAUAAAAUGGCAAUGGUAUCGAACAAAUUUCUUGGUGCUCUUGCAGUCAAGCUCGGGCUUCAUACGCACCUGAAACAUUUCAGCAAUCCCUUGCAGUCGCAAAUUACCCACUACGCGGAGGAGAUCCAAACUGCAGAAAACGAAAGUGAGGGAGCAGUAGAUUAUUGGAUUCUUACCAAAGAUCCACCCAAGUGCCUUCCCGACAUGGUUGAAGCGUACCUGGGAGCUGCAUUUGUAGACUCAAGUUUCAAUUUCGAGGUGAUAGAGGGAUUUUUCCAGCGCUACAUCAAGCCUUACUUCCAGGACAUGACAAUUUAUGACACUUUUGCCAACAAGCACCCUACAACGUUCCUGCACAACCGGUUGACAAACGAAUUCGGUUGCUCCAAUUAUUGUCUGAAGGCCGGUGAAAUGUUCACUAUCGAUGGGAGCCCUGUCAGCGUUCUUGCUGCUGUGAUCAUACAUGAUGCUGUGAUCGCCGAAGGAACAGCCUCAUCUGGUCGUUAUGCAAAAGUCAAGGCGAGUGAGAAAGCACUGGGCGUCUUGGAACAUACUGGUGCCUCGGAAUUUCGCGCAAAGUAUCAUUGUGACUGUGGAGCCACCGAUAGCUUUCAGAGCGUGGACAUUGGAACCGCCAUAUGA